AGGUGUGUGUAGUCAAGUAGGUGUGUGUAGUCAUUCAGCAAAUUAAUAGAGAAUGAAGGGAGAGAGAGAGAGAGAGAGAGAGAGAGAGAGAGAGAGAGUCAGCAGCAGAGGAGGAGGCAGAAAGAGCACUGAGUUUUAGACCCUGUGCAGAUAGAGAGGAAGGCUGUGAUUUCAAGACGUACUAGGAUUACCACACACUCUCUGUCUCACAACAUUUGGUCAAGAGGACGUUAAAAAAGACCCUUAUGGCGAAGGAUGUAUCUUUGAGUAACCUUGGAGUAAUCUGCUGAAAGUCUGAAAUGACUUUCAUACACACUUAUCUUCAGACAGUUUGAAAUUGGAGAAGAGAAAGAAGACGUCACAGUAGAGACGAGAGUGAGGACAAAAUUUAGUGUUUCGACUUUCAUACAGCAAAAUAAUGGGGACUGUGAGUGAACUUUGUGUGUCCAGCCUUCAGGCUUUCAUGUGUCCGCCAGUGACCAGCCCAUCUACAGUGCCAGACGACCUCACGCCCGAGGAGCAGCAAGAGCUGGAGAACAUCCGGCGACGCAAGCAGGAGCUGCUGGAGGACAUUCAGCGUUUGAAGGAUGAGAUAGCCGAGGUGACCAGCGAGAUCGAGAACCUGGGCUCCACUGAGGAGAGGAAAAACAUGCAGAGGAACAAGCAGGUGGCAAUGGGCCGCAAGAAGUUCAACAUGGACCCUAAGAAGGGGAUUAAAUUCCUGAUUGAAAAUGAUCUUCUGAAGAACACCAGUGAUGACAUCGCUCAGUUCCUCUACAAGGGCGAGGGCCUGAAUAAGACAGCAAUAGGGGACUACCUCGGAGAAAGGGAUGACUUCAACAUCCAGGUGCUGCACGCGUUUGUGGAGUUGCACGAGUUCACAGAUCUGAACCUUGUUCAGGCGCUCAGGCAAUUUCUUUGGAGCUUCAGACUGCCAGGCGAGGCACAGAAGAUCGAUAGGAUGAUGGAGGCUUUUGCCCAACGCUACUGCCAGUGCAACCCGGGAGUCUUCCAGUCCACUGACACGUGCUACAUCCUUUCCUUCGCCAUCAUCAUGCUGAACACCAGCCUUCACAACCCCAACGUGAAAGACAAGCCCACAGUGGAGCGCUUCAUCUCCAUGAACAGAGGCAUCAAUGAUGGUGGAGACCUACCAGAGGAACUGCUACGAAACCUGUACGAGAGCAUCAAAAACGAGCCGUUCAAAAUCCCAGAGGACGACGGCAACGACCUCACACACACGUUCUUUAACCCUGACCGAGAGGGCUGGCUGCUCAAACUGGGUGGACGUGUCAAAACCUGGAAGAGACGAUGGUUCAUUCUCACAGACAACUGCCUUUACUACUUUGAGUACACUACUGACAAAGAACCCAGAGGAAUCAUUCCUUUGGAAAACCUGAGCAUCCGAGAAGUGGAGGACAAGAAGCCGAACUGCUUCGAGCUCUUCAUACCGGACAAUAAGGAUCAGGUGAUUAAGGCGUGUAAGACGGAGGCAGAUGGGCGCGUGGUGGAGGGUAAUCACACAUUCUACCGCAUUUCCGCUCCCACCACUGAGGAGAAGGACGAGUGGAUGAACAGCAUCAAGGCAGCGAUCAGCAGGGACCCGUUCUAUGAGAUGCUGGCUGCCAGGAAGAAGAAAGUCUCCUCUAUGAAGAGGCACUAAAUCUGCUCAGGGUGAUUCAGGGCUGUGUGAGUGCUCCCUCUGGUGGAGAGAACUAACACUUGCAGUGGGAGGAUGAGACUGGUCUCCUUCCCACUGCUUACCCCCUUUCAAUAAUGUUGUGUCUGUACUGGGACAGAAUGGGGUUUAAGGACUAAGUAGCACAUUGGAGAUUGAAAAAAGCCAGGACUAGGCUCUAUAGUGCCCAGCAGGAACUGUGCUUCUGCUCCUCUUCCUGUUUAAAUGUCCCUCACCUCUCCUUCACCUCAGUGUGUGUGUGUGUGUGUGUGUGUGUGUGUGCGCGUGUGUGCACGUCAAGGGCAUUCUGCUUCAGGCUCUUCUCUUGAAAAUCCCCAAAGAAUCAAUCUCAGUCCUAAUGCUGAACCAAAAUGCACACUUUGUCUACCCUGUUUCUAUCUAGUUUCUAUCUAUCCUGGUUCUUUCAUAUCUCUCUCUCUCAUGCUCUCUCUCUCUCUCUCUCUUUUAAACAUGUCUUAAAACACACACACACACACACAUGUUCACGUUUAAUCAGCAGGUCUGACAGAAUGUGGGUUACCAAAAAAAAGCCUCUCCUUGAUUUCAAAACAGGAAAGACCCUUGAAUGCUUUUUUUUCUUUAGUUAUGUACAGGCAAUAAGUGUAUUUUUUACAUUUCUAUAUCCUCUGUAUAUUCAUUUUCUUCUCUUGUCGAUUUGAUAAAUGUCAUUGUAAAGCACCACAUGGCUUUCAGGAGAAAUGGAAGAGGCAGUGUUUAGUGUACACAAUGCAGGAUGUGAAGCAGUUGUACACUCGUACACUAUCUGGUCAAAGUAUGCGGACACAUGACUAUCAUACCCAUAUGUGGGACUUCCCCAAACUGUUGAUAUAAAGUUGUAAGCACACAAUUGUGUAGAAUGUCUUUGUAUGCUGUAUCACUACGGUUUCACUUCACUGGAACUAGGGUGUCUAAACCUGUUCCAGCAUGACAAUGCCUCUGGGCACACCGACUAAUUGCCAGGCCUUCUCAGCAUUAGUGUCCUUUCUCUUGAAUCUGAAUGGGCACAAAUCCCCACAGCCACGGUUCAACUUCUCAGAAGAGAGAAGGCUGUUGUAGCUCCAAAUGAAUGUGUGAAGGUGUCCAUGUACUUUUGACUAUAUAGUGUAUGUCAAGCUGGGAAUGCCGAUGUAGGCCGUGUGUGUGUGUGUGUGUGUGUGUGCAUGCUUCUCCAGCUUCCUGUAUGCUAAAAGGCCAAACUGUUUUAGAAAUAACAAUCAUACUCCUUUUGGGCUGCUUCGUGAAUGCUGUCCAUGUCACUUGUACUGAAACAUUGCAACAACCGCGAGUUCCGAACUCUAAAUCUGCCUAAAACUUAAAUCCGCAAAUUGUCAUCAAAUCUAAGGUCAGGGAUGAAACCCAAGAUAAUUUCACAUCAUCACAGACAAGACUUCCUGUACCUUUAUUGAUCCCUCAUGUCUGAACUAAUGUGUGCUCUAAAUAGCUUACUGGCCCCUUUUUACCUGCUCUGACAGAGUGCAUGCUUUAACGUCACUCUUUCCUUUCUGUGUCCUUCUUUAUGAUUUUACCAAGCUAGCAGUUUCCAUUCUCUGAGCAAAGUCAUACAUCUGAGCAGUAUUGGUUUAUUUAUCAAGGAUGUAUAUACUUCAUUGUAUAGUGAUUAUCUUUAUGCAUUUUAUAUAAAUAUGUGUGUAGCAAAUACAUUAUUAGCUGAGUGCCAUUUUUUUCUUUUUUUUUUCUUUUUGUCUAUCUUGAAAGUGUACCUUUGGCCUCACGGGUGUGUGUGAGCUCAGUCAUUUUUAGUAAAAAAAAAAAAAAUAAUUAAAUUGCAAAAUAAAAUCUAAACACCAAACGCUUUGUCUUGUAAUCAUCUAAACUUGCAUUAUGAUUUCAAUAGGUGGAUUUGAUAACAUUUCUCUGGAUUCUCUGUUUUCCUCCCACCUCCCAAAAACAUGGUUUACCUUCAGAUUGCCUUAGGUGUGAAUGAGUGUGUGCUUGGUGGACUGGCUUCACACCUAGAGUGUAUUCCUGCCUUGUACUCAGUGCUCCUGAGAUAUGUUAUAGAUCGAUCAGGAUACAGAGGUUAAUGAACAUGAAUAAAUUCAUGAAAGAAAUAAAAAACAAUUAAAAACAUUAAAAGGUGAUCACAAGGUGGCACUGUAUAUUAAUUUCCAUAUUGUUUGAGCCCCAAGCACAGAGUGGCAUCACAAAGAAAAAGUCCCUUUAAAGGCAAUUCCCUUUAAUAAUAAAAAUAAGCCAUCUUAAUUUUGUUUCCUAAGAACAAUCAUUUGCCUGUUCACCAAACUCUAAUCUUGAUGUUACUGCCUGUCUCACCACCUUCACUCCAAUAAACACUCAUUAUACGACAUUUUCGAAUCAUGAGAUGCUAUAAUUCAGGACUCUUUUGUUGCCUGUCUGAUAAGCAAUGACCUUUAUUAUUAUCUCACCAUGAUAAUCAUUACACCGAUCUCAGGUUACUGCAAGUCACAAUGACACACCAAAAACAAAAGAUGAAUCUCUACACCUCCGGAAAGCCAGAUUCAUGUGAAUGGAAGUUGAUUUAAAAUGCAACAUGUAAUUACCUCACAUCUAACUCAAUUUCACAGUGCUUCUGUGGUCAGCUUUGUUUCUCUUCCAGAGAAAACAGACAUGCAGGUCAUGAAUUGAAUGAAUGAACGGAUGGGUUAUGAAAAGCACUUCUUGUGUAGAAUGAAAUAUGGAAUUCAACAGAAAUUGCUAUCCUUCUUAGAUAUAAUUCAUGCACUACAAAGGAAAUUAAAAUUACAUUUCCAUCCCCUUUCCAUCUGAUAAGGAGGAAGGAGGCACUGAAGAAAUGUUCAGUUUGAUCUUUUAUCUGCUAUCUGUUUAGAUGAGAUGCUUGGUUAGGUCAUCUCUGAAACCCCUCUUUCUUAGCUACUAGUUAUAAAAGUGACAAACAUUAUUACACAUAUUCUUGCUUUUACAUUUGGGCUGGUUAGAACUGUUUUGCAUAUUUGUUUAUACAUGACACGGUCAGUAGGAUGGUUUUCGAGAAACCAAGGCGUAGGUUUCAUUUCACUGGGUGCACAGGGUGAAUGCCUGGAAGAAUGCCUUUGUUUUGCUUUUGUAAUGUGACUCUCCAUGAGGGCCAGCUGUUUCCACUGUCCUCUGUGCAUUUUAGUGGAAGAAAACAAACUACCAAGGGUGUGUCUAGGACAUCAGGAACAAUUUGUGCCUAUGUACACUACCAAUCAAAAGUCUGGACACACAUACACACUGAAGGGGUUUCUUCAUAUGUACUGUUUUAGAAUAAUAAUAAUAACAAUAAUAAUAAUAAUGAUAAUAAAGACACUAACUCUAUCAAAUAACAUUUGGAAUUAUGAAGUCAAAACUGAAAAAUUAGGAUAAAACUAUUUUAGAUUCUAAAUUCAUAACAGUGUUCCCUUUCAAAGGGAACUCAACAUUGCGUGAGCUUCAAACUGUGUGA